CUGCCGAUGGGUCCUUGACUAUAUAAACUACAGCCUCGCCCGACCAGCCACCACAGUCACUGUGAUCGUUCACGAAGUUCGAACGGGAGACGCGUCGGAGAUACCAGUUUUUCGAUACCUUUCCCGUAGAAUCGACCGAAUAAUCAUUUGCUGAAAAACUCGUUGUGUGACAUCAGAGAUAAUAAUUAGUUGGACAAGAAGUGUGAUAUCGCGAUAAGCGAAUCGUAAUCAGUGCGACGUUAGUUAAUCGGUGUGUGAAGCAACCCCCCGACGAAAGGAUUAAUCAUGCAGAUGCACGAGCAGAUUAUGAUGGUUGAUGGACAGGAGCAACCGAUCUCCAGGACUUAUCAAUACAGAAAGGUGAUGAAACCUAUGCUGGAACGCAAACGCCGAGCAAGAAUCAACCGGUGCUUGGACGAGCUGAAGGACCUGAUGGUCACAGCGUUGGCUGGCGACGGCGAGAACGUGGCCAAGUUAGAAAAAGCCGACAUUCUGGAAUUGACUGUACGUCAUCUUCACAAGCUUCAAAGGCAACAACGUCUUUCGGCGAAUCCGGUGAUCGACGCGGAUCGAUUCAGAGCCGGGUAUACGCAUUGUGCCAACGAGGUUAGCCGCUGCCUGGCCGCCACUCCGGGCGUCGACGUUGCCUUGGGGACCAAAUUGAUGACCCACUUGGGUCACAAGCUGAAUUCCAUGGACAAAACUGGCCCCCUAACGAUACACGUGGCCGCGCCGCAAUCUUCCCCGUCUUCGAGCAGCGAGCUCAGCUCCGACGAAUACUCGAUGCCCCUCACUCCGGCUUCCAGCCAACCGUCUCCAGUUAGAAUCGACAUCGAAGGCAUCUCGCAGAAUCAUCAAGGUCUUCUGCAGGUUGCCAAACCCAACGAGCCGAUCUGGAGACCGUGGUAAACAAGAGGACGAACGAUCUCAACGGGCAAAGCCAUCGUAGACUCGGUUAACCGAGUUCUCGAUGGAAAGCAAUCGGACCCUCGCUCACGGAGAAGCGAAAUUACCGUGGCUGAAUCUUAAGAGGAGUCCAUUAUGCGAAGAACCAUUAUCGGUAUUGCAAUUUUGUCUGUGAUUUGAGCGAAUAAUUCGCGCGCCUUCGAUGCAAGUCGUGACGGAGUGGAAACUUCGGCUCCUCUUCGUGGAAUCCUUUUCUUCUAAAAUUAACGACGGGGAAAUAUCAUUUCCCGUAAUAUGUGCAAAUACAGAUUCCUGAAGGAACGAGGAUCGAGGAGACGAAGACGAAGAAAAGGAAUAGACUUAAGACUUUCUAUUUGCUCAAGACACUUUGGUGUGAGACGAGAAGGAGGAUCAUCGAAAUAUCUUCCUUUUUGUAAUAUCGUCUUACGGAUAAAUUUUGUAUGUUUACUAAUUGAAACGUAAUGACGUGCCCGCGUUAGCGGCUAGAGCUUUAAUUUACUUGACAGUUAGAAUUUUCUAUUGUUUAUUUCAUACUUUUAUCGAGAAUAUUUUUAUUUUGUCCAUUUUGGCGCGAGAACAGUCGUGCAACUCGACAUGUCGAUUAUAUAUAUAUGUUUCCUCGCGUCGAUUACGUCAGAAUUUCGCGUAUACAUCGACUUGAGAAAGAUUCAUUCUCGCGCUAAAAACGUUGUUAUGUGUGUGUUAACUCAGCCUGCUGUAUUAAUUUUUGUGUUUGACAAGCAUUUGGAGAUUUUGAUUCUCAUCGAUAAUUAUUACUUAUCAACACAAGAAAAUAGCUGAGUAGAGAAUCUUGUGAUAGAGAAACGUGUACCUGUGAUAUUUACUCUAGAUGUAAGAAAAUUCUAGAUCUUUAAUAAAUAUAUAUUUCAUU